CGGCAGAGGGAGCCCGGCCGCUCGGGCUGGCCCCGCCGGGCAGGGGAGGGGGCGGCGCGGUGCUGGAACAAUCGCGCCGGAGCGGAUCCGGGUCCCACCCACCCACCAGGAGCCGGGCGGCGGCGGCCGGGGCCGUUUCUCUGCGCGGGGCCGGGCCCAUGGGCGGGUAGCGCCCGCCGGGCGGAUGCUGCGGGCUCCGGCUCCCACGAUGCCGCCCCGGCGCCGCGGCCGCUGCCUCCCGCUGCUGCUGCUGCUCGCGGGCAACAUCUGGCCCGCGCCGGGCAAGUCUCCGGGGGAGCCGCCCAGCCCGCAGGAGGUGCUGAUCAAAGUCCAGGUGUAUGAGAACAGCGACCUCUCCCCGCUGGCCCAGGCUGCUGUGGAAGUGUAUGGGAACCAGACGUCACUGGCCUCAGGCUCCACUGACCAUGAGGGCGUCGGGAUGCUGCCCGUCAGCUACCGUCUGGGCACCUGGAUCCUGGUCACCGCCGCCAAGCGCGGCUUCGUCACCAACUCUGUGCCCUGGCGGGUCGACAAGCUGCCAUUGUAUGCCUCUGUCAGCCUGUAUCUGCUCCCGGAGCGGCCCGCCACCCUCAUCCUCUAUGAGGACUUGGUGCAGAUCUUGCUGGGAUCACCAGGGGCCAAGAGCCAGCCGUGGGUGCAGUUCCAACGCAAGGCGGCCCGCCUGCCCCGCAGCUCCACCUACAGCCAGCUCUCCGCCUCCCUGACGGCCGCCAGCGGGGCCCACGACAUGCGGGGCUUUCCCUCCUUCAUCGGGGCUGAGAGCAACGGCAGCGCCAACAGCACCUGGCUGGAGCUGGUUCCCAUUGCUGCCGUCAGCGUCCACCUCUUCACGGGCAACGGCACCGAGGUGCAGCUGUCGGGCCCCGUGCACCUGUCCAUCCCGCUGCCUCCCGACACCAGCGCCACCACGGCCACCAGCGUGCCAGCCUGGAGGUUCGACACCAAGAGUGGCCUGUGGCUCCGAAACGGGACAGGGCUGAUCAGGAAGGAGGGGCGCCAGCUGUACUGGACGUUCGUCUCACCCCAGCUGGGGUACUGGGCUGCCGCUCUGCCCUCCCCCACCACAGGGCUGGUGUCGCUGGCGUCGGGGAUGAAGGACAUCACCACGUACCACACCAUCUUCCUGCUCACCAUCCUGGGGGCGCUGGCGCUGCUGGUGCUGAGUCUCCUCUGUCUGCUCAUCUACUACUGCAGGCGGAGGUGCCUGAAACCCCGACAGCAGCACAGGAAGCUGCAGCUGUCUGGGCCGCUGGAUGCCUCGAAGCGAGACCAGGCCACCUCCAUGUCCCAGCUCAACCUGAUCUGCACCAGCCACCUGGAGACAGCCUCAUCGGCCGGCGACCCCGACGCGCACACGCCCAUCCUCAAGUCAGCCUUCUCCAGCUCCCGGGAGCUGGGCAGCUCCCGCGAGGAGUUCUUCCGUCACAAGCUGCGGCAUGCCAGCAAGGCCUCCACGGAGACGCUGAGCCAGCGGGGCGCGCCCAAGGAGGAGUACCCGCGCCCCGGGGAGAGCUUCUCGCUUAAGGCCGCGCGCUCCAUGGACGGCCCGGGCGCGCUGGAGCCCUCCAUGCUGGAGGAAUACAAGCGCAGCUUCUCCCACCAGCGCGUGGAGGACAAGGGCACCGAGCCAUCGCGGAAGCACUCAAGGAACGAGAGUAAGCCCUACCUCCAGGAGCCGCCCUCCCCGCCGCCCCUGCCGCCCCCCUUUGACCACUACGUGGGCCACAAGGGGGAGCCCAAACCCCCCGACUUCAUGCUGUCGCAGUCCGUGGACCACCUGGCCAGGCCCACCUCGCUCACCCAGCCGGGGCAGCUCAUCUUCUGUGGCUCCAUCGACCACAUGAAGGACAGCGUGUACCGCAACGUCAUGCCCACCUUGGUCAUCCCGGCCCACUACAUGCGCCUGGCGUCGGAUUACCCCUCCGGGGAACAGGCCCUGGCUGGCCGGGAUGACCAUCCCGCACCAGUUCGGGCCCCAGGACCAGCAGCGGCAGCUCCUCCAGCAGCAGCUUCAGCUGCAGCACCAGCAGGGCGAGGACUCGGGGGCAAGGGUUGGGGGGCGCACUCCUCCUCGGUCAGCGGCUCCGUCACCAUCCCGGUGCUGUUCAACGAGUCCACCAUGGCCCAGCUGAACGGGGAGCUGCAGGCACUGACGGAGAAGAAGCUGCUGGAACUGGGGGUGAAGCCCCACCCGCGGGCCUGGUUUGUCUCGCUGGACGGGCGCUCCUCCCAGGUGCGCCACUCCUACAUCGACCUGCAGGGCAGCGAGAAGAGCCGCAGCAACGACGCCAGCCUGGACUCGGGCGUGGACGUCCACGAAGCCAAGCCCCACAAGCGGGCCAAGGAGGAGCGGGAGCGGCCCCCUGCCCCCACCGCCUACUCCAAGCUGGCCUUCCCCGAUGACGCGGAGCAGAGCAGCAGCGAGAGCCGCACGGCCAUCUGCUCCCCCGAGGACAACUCCCUGACACCCCUGCUGGACGAGACGGCUGAGGCCCGGGCCGCCACCAUCCCCCGCCGGGGCCGCAGCCGGGGCACCAGCUCCCGCAGCAGCGCCAGCGAGCUGCGCCGGGACUCCAUGACCAGCCCUGAGGACGAGCUGACCGACCCGGCCGAGGGUGGCGACGAGCCGGGUGACAAGAAGAGCCCCUGGCAGAAGCGCGAGGAGCGCCCGCUCAUGGUCUUCAAUGUGAAGUAAGCAGGGGGGGCCUGUGCCCCCCCCCCGGAGCCAGCGCCAGCCCCUGGGGGGCAGAGGAGGGGGUGGGGCUGGAUCCCAGCGCCUGACGGGGAGGUGCUGCAUGACUGAUCGCUCCGUGCCCCCGGGGAGGCCCCUGUGACCAGGGCGACUCCAGACCAGGACCCCAAAGACCCCCCAGCCCUCUCGUCCUGAGGGGUGAGCUCUGUGGGGGAGCAGGGGAAGGGAGGGACCCACGCUGGGAGGCAGUGGGACUGACCCCCAGGGCAGUCCAGACAGAGAACCAGUGACCUGCUCCCCCCUGCAGCCGGGCACUGUCUGUCGCACCCCCCCCCGCCAUUCGGGGGACGGCCCAGAGCAGGGAGGAGACGCUGUGGCAGCGGGACAGGGCAGGGGGCUGAUCUCCCUACCACCAGUACCAUCUGUCGGGGCUGCUGCAUGCCAGGCCCCCCUGCUAGGCAGGGGCUGGGGGAGGGGCAACUCGAGGACUCAGCAGCCCCCCCACCCCCGCCAGCCCAGCGGGCAGAGUGAAGGGAUUGAGUCAGGUGGGGGGCAGGGCCUGGGGCAGCCUGGCCCAGCCCCUGUUUCCAAGCACACUCUCCGUGGGGCCUGGGCAGACCAUCCAGGGAAGAGACGGCAGAGCGGAGCCCCCCAGGAGCCAGAACAAGCUGCGGCUGCUCCUCCCCCAUGACACCAGGCUGGAAGGGGUUAAGAGCACCCUGCCCCUGCUGGUGUGUGGAAUGGCUGAGGAUGGUGCCCAUCAACUAGCACCUCGCCGUCCAGCCCCAGCUGCACCUGCCUGGCCGGGGUGGGGCAGCCCUGCACCUGGCCUGGGGCCGCCUGAGCUGCAGCAAAGCAGAGCCCAGCUCUGCUCCUGUGGCCUGGCCACCCAGGCGCUGCCAGACUCCAAUGGCUGCAGCGGGUACAUGGGGGCUGCUAGGGGAGCCUGACCUUUGUCUGCAUCCCUAACACCCUGGGGCUGCGUGGAGCCUCCUCCAGCCCCCCCACACAGCUCCCCAUCCUCUCCUCCAAGUGCCUUUGUGCCCUGCGCUGCAGGGCGAGUGGCACAGCUGGGCCGUGUGCGCAGAGCCGGCUCAAUCCUCCUCUUUCCUCAUCUGCUUUCCCCAGGCUGGCUGCUGCCUCCAGCGAGGGUGGGGGGUGGCAGCAUCCCACCAUGCAGACUGGGAGCUGCCUGCAGAGCCAGGCUGGGAUCCCCCCAGCGCUGGCCCUCAAGCAUGCCAGGGGAUCAGCCAGCCCUACCCUGUAUAAGGUGUGUAGGAUCUCCCCCUACCCUGGCCUGGGCUGUGGGGCAGGGCCCUGGAGGCUGCAUUUUCAAGGCACUUCCUGCUGCACCUGCUAGUGCCACCCUGGGGUGCGGAUGCACUUGGCUGAGAAGCAGCUGCUGUUGGCUUCUACACCCAGGCAGGCUCUAGCUGGGGGCUCUGGGGCAGAGUCGGGGGGGGGACCCCUAGGGAAUAAAACACCCACCUGUGGCUUUUACUUUCACCUCUGUGUCUUUUUGCCCUAUGUGUGCUGCUGCCCUAUCACUCCUGCCUACUGCAAUCGCCUGCUCAGCUGGAGCCUGUUUGUGUCCAAUUUCCACUCGCCCCCUGGAGGGGGGGCUGUGAUUUUUGGGGCAUCAUUUUCCUGUGGAACUCCUUGCCACUAACUUCCUCGACUUGACAAGGGGGAGAUGUUCCUACAGCUGCCAGGCCCAUCCCCCCCUCACAGCAUGCUAGAUGGCUCCGAGGGCCUCUUCCGGCAGCUGGCCACUGGCAUGGCUGGAGCCCAGGGGUAGCUGACACAGCAGGAGCUGGGUAGGCUGCUAGCCCCAGGCAGCUCCCCGAAAGGUUUCAGCAUGUCAGGGUGGGGCACAGCUAAUCCCAACCACCCCCUCGAGAGAGGCAGGGGCCCUGCUCUCAACCAUGAGGCUUGAUUGGCAACUGCCUGCUGCAGGGAACUAGUUUGGGACCCCCCCUUGAGGGCUGGGUUGGGGGGGAGGAGACUUGGUCAGACCUGACAGGUGACUCCACAGCACGAGCACCUGUGCCCCCAUCCCACCCCCAAGAGCAGCUCCGGGUUGGCCAUGCUGGGGCCAGAGUGGCAGGCCCCCGUGCUCCUUGUUCCCAGAGCACUGGCCCCUGGCGCUGCAUCUGUCAACCAUGGAGCCUCUGACACAGGUGCGGGCAGCAGUGGCACACGGGCACCUUGGCUCAGGCCCUCCUGCGCUACCCCUGCCCUACAGCCCCUGGUUUGCUUGGAUUUUAAUGCUGGUAUUUCUGAAGUUCUCUCUGGGGUGAGAGGAGAGCUGCAGCUGUGCCUGGACCCUGUCACCCUCCUGCAGGCAGAGGGCCGGGGGCAGCCUGGCACAGAUCUGUGCCCUGGUGCCCCCUCCAGCCCAUGGGCUGCACGUGAAACCCCUUGAGUUUGAUCCUGGGAGCAAGGCUGGGGCCAGCUUGGCCUGUGGGGGGGCCCCCCCCCACUCCCAAUGUGUUCUCUAGAAUGGCAUUAAUAUAUAAAACCCUUUGACACCC